AUGCAGAGAAUAGUUCUUAACUCCACCGUGAGGAUUUCCUAUUUGCAGCACAGUUUCUUGCCUCCCAGUUCAAAUUUCAGAGCUCUAAAGAAUCUCAAGAGUCAACAUCGACGACAAAUUCAUGCUCGGGCCACUGAAUUUCUGCCCAGCAACCUUCCAGAAUGGACUGAGUCGCAGCGCUCCGUUCGAGAAGCAAUCAGCAAAGUAUGCUCUCGGUAUCCCGAUGAGUAUUGGUUGGAAAAGGACAACGAGCACCAGUUUCCGUGGGAGCUUUACAACGACCUUGCAAGAGAUGGUUGGUUAGGGAUCUGCCUUCCUGAAGAAUACGGCGGUUCCGGGCUAGGAAUUUCAGAAGCAGCCGUGAUGCUUCAGACAAUUUCCGAGUCAGGGGCAGGUAUCAACGGCGCGUCCUCCGUUCACAUGAACAUCUUUGGCUUAGAGCCGGUGGUGAAAUUUGGAUCAAAAGAACAGAAGCAGCGCUGGCUGGUCCCCCUUAUUGAGGGUAAAGAACGAGCUUGUUUCGGGGUCACAGAGCCGAAUUCUGGCUUGGACACACUUCGACUGCAGUCAUCUGCCAAGAGGGACGGCGACUUUUAUAGGCUCAAGGGCUCCAAAGUAUUUAUAUCCACUGCCCAGGUGGCAGAGAAAAUCUUGAUUCUCGCCAGGACGACACCCUUGGAUCAGGUCAAGAACCCGAGUCAUGGCCUUUCCCUCUUUUACACGGACUUGGACCGAUCUGCAGUAACAAUUACAGAAAUACCAAAAAUGGGACGCUUAGCAGUUGAUACAAAUUCUUUGUUCUUUGAAGAUUGGAAGGUUCCUGUCAGUGAUCUAAUUGGAAACGAGGGCGACGGGUUCAAGAUGAUCAUGCAUGGAAUGAAUGCUGAACGAGUGCUAGUAGGCGCAGAAGCCUUGGGAAUUGGAUAUGCGGCUUUGCGACGGAGCAGUGCCUACGCAAGUGAAAGGGUCGUCUUCGGAAAUCCCAUUGGAAAGUAUCAAGGAAUCCAACACCCGCUAGCGGAAUGCUGGAUGAAUCUUGAGAGCGCUCGACUUAUGAUUUAUCUCGCGGCACGAUUAUAUGAUCAAGGAUACGGGGACGGAGAAUAUGCUAAUGCUGCUGCUUUCAAAGCUGCUGAGAGAGCCGUCAUGUCUCAUGGAGGAAUGGGAUAUGCAAAGGAGUACCACGUAGAGCGUUAUCUACGAGAAGCUACGUUGGCUAGGAUUGCUCCGAUUAGCGGAGAAAUGAUCAAGAAUUAUAUAGGCCAGAAGGUGCUGGGUCUUCCGAAGAGCUAUUAA